GAAUGUUCCAACACAAAGCCCUCUACUAUGAAUUCUCAUGAUAGACCCAUUUGUUCAAGGUGCUCUGGCCUUGUCCUCACCACUGACCCCAAGCCUCGUCUCCGUUGGACUGUUGACGUCAUGAACGAUUUGUUGAUGCUGUUACUCAGCUUGGAGGCCCUGACAAGGCCACUCCAAAAACUAUCAUGAGAGUUAUGGGUGUGAAGGGGCUUACGCUUUACCACCUAAAGAGCCACCUUCAGAAAUUCAGGCUCGGAAAGCAACCUCACAAGGAAUUCAAUGAUCACUCCAUAAAGGAUGCUUCAGCAUUAGAUCUUCAAAGAAACACUGCAUCUUCAUCUGCCAUGAUAAGCCGCAGUAUGAAUGAUAACUCACACAUGGUUGAUGCGAUUAGGAUGCACAUGGAGGUUCACAGAAGACUUCAAGAACAAAUAGAGGUGCAGAGACACCUUCAAUUACGAAUUGAGGCUCAGGGAAAAUACAUGCAAUCGAUUUUGGAGAAAGCUUGUCAAACCCUAGCAGGUGAAAACGUUAAUGCUUCAGGAGGUUUUAAAGGAAUGCCAAAUCAGGGAGUUCCCGACGUGGGAACAAUGAAAGAGUUUUGUCCUCCUCUCAACUUUCCACCAUUUCAAGACCUUAACAUUUACGGCGGUGAACAACUUGAUCUCCAACACAACAUGGACAGGGCAUCGCUUGAUGGGUUAUUGCCAAAUAAUGAUAAUCUUUGUCUUGGAAAGAAGAGGCCUAGUCCUUAUUGUGGAAGCGGCAAGAGUCCUUUGAUUUGGCCUGAUGAUCUCAGGUUACAAGAUUUGGGAACAGCACCAACUUGUCUUGGACCUCAAGAUGAUCCUUUCAAGGCCGGUGACCAGAUUCAAAUUGCACCUCCAUCAACCGAUCUCGAUUCGAUAUCCGAUAUGUAUGAAACAAAGCCAGUGCUCUCGGGAGAUACCAUUAGUACUGAUCAGAAGAAAUUUGAAGCACCAGCAACAGCCAAGCUUGAAAGGCCAUCACCAAGAAGAACCCCAAUUUCGACUGAAAGGAUGAAUCCUAUGAUGAAUAAUGGCGCCAUGUCACAAGGAAGAAAUUCGCCAUAUGGAUGAGUCUUAACGUAGUUGUAUGUAAGUCAUGACCUAAUUAAGUUCCCCAAUUAAGUAUGAGGUUUAGGGUUUAGUACUUCUUGAAGGUUUAGCAAUUUAUAUUAGGGUUUCCUGCAUCCCCUAUGAUAUAAAAAUGCCAUGCAUGGCAUGGCAAACAUCAAUUAUUCUGUUGAAGUGGUAUUAAUUAGUUAAACAGUAAAUUUGUACUUUAUUUAUUUAUGAUCCUUGUCACUUGUUAAAUCAUACUCUUGAUCUCUUGCUUCACAUAAUUUUAUUGAUCAAGAAUAAUGUCGACGUCAUGUA